CGGGCGGAUAUUUUCAAAAUGGAAGAAAUACCAAAGUUUUGGAGGGGCAACAUUCAUUUGUUGUAUUUAAGGUCGUUUACGGCCGCUGAUUAGUUUACCUGGAUGAACAUGUAUUGAGUAAUAAUUUUGUAUCGAUUGGGAAGACAAAUAAGAAGCAAGAUGAGUGUUUCAAUCGGCGAUAAAAUCGAGGACUUCAAAGUUCUCACCCUCCUUGGGAAGGGCUCCUUUGCAUGUGUUUACCGUGCAAAGUCAGUGAACACUGGCUUGGAGGUGGCGAUCAAAAUGAUUGACAAAAAAGCCAUGCACAAAUCUGGUAUGGUCCAGCGCGUGAGUAACGAAGUGGAGAUUCAGUGUCGAUUGAAGCAUCCAUCAAUACUAGAGCUGUACAACUACUUUGAAGACAGUAACUAUGUGUACUUGGUGUUGGAGAUGUGCCAUAAUGGAGAGAUGAGUCGAUACCUGAAAGACAGGAAGAUGCCCCUCUCAGAGGAUGAUGCACAGCACUUCAUGCAUCAAAUAGUGAAAGGUAUGCUGUACUUGCAUACACAUGGCAUCAUGCAUCGGGACCUGACCUUGUCCAACCUGCUGCUGACGAGCAAUAUGAACCUUAAAAUAGCUGACUUUGGCCUGGCCACCCAGCUCAAGCUCCCCAGUGAGAAGCACUUCACCAUGUGUGGCACACCCAACUAUAUCUCCCCAGAGGUGGCCACCCGCAGUGCCCACGGCCUGGAGUCUGAUGUCUGGUCUCUGGGCUGCAUGUUCUACGCCUUCCUGAUGGGCCGGCCCCCGUUUGACACAGACACGGUGAAGCACACCCUUAACAAGGUGGUCCUGGGGGAGUAUGACAUGCCCAGCCACGUGUCCCAGGAGGCCCAGGACCUAAUCCGCCAGCUGCUGAGGAAGGACCCUGCGCAGCGGCCCAGCCUGUCUGCCGUACUGGACCACCCCUUCAUGACCCAAAGCCUGCUGGCCAGGACCAAGGAGCUGGGCCUUGGGGAGCCAGGCUCCAUGGACAGCGGCAUCGCCACCAUCUCCACAGCCUGCACCUCAUCCACCUCAGGCAGCAGCCGUCUCCAGAGGAGAGCCAGACAUGUGAUUGGACCUGCCCUACCCAACCGCAUGGCACCUAUCCCCACACUGCCCCGGCCGCCCAGCAGCGCCUGCUUUGAGGGGGUUGAGGAGUGGCAGCAGCACUCCGACAGAGUAGGCAGGAGCAGGGUAGUUCCGGGCGGGGAGAGUGGACGGCCCCACUCCAGGUACCUACGGAGGACUCACUCCUCAGACCGGUCUAGCUCCUCUGUCAUUCCAGCCCAAGGGAUGGGGCAGGCAGAGCUGGAGAGAUGCCACUCUGAGGAGAUGCUGACUGGGUCGGGGAGACUGGCCUUUCCCAUGUCCUCCAGCUACAAGGACACUCCACAACCCUUCACAGAGCAUGGAAGGCUCCCAUCACUGCCUGUCAAACAGACAGCUAGCUCAGGAUGUUCAUAUUCCAUACAGCCACCACAUCCACUAAACGUGCAGUUACAAGAGUCAGAAGGUGUACAGAAUUGGUUCACUAAAGAAGGCCCGUUUCCGAGGCACACGGAUGUCACCUCUCACAACAGCAGUGCCAGUUUCCAUAGUGGCAGGGAGCCUCUAGGUGUACACAACUCCUGGAGUGACAAACCAGCAGGCAGAGGCACCAGUCCUCACCUCCACCACAACCAGCACCACCUCCACACCUCAAACACUGAGUCCUACAGGGAGAAUGGGCAACCAGGUCAUGGGGAAGAGCUGCAGAGUCUGUCCAAACCAAGUGUAGAAAAGGAGAAGAAGUCCCUGAGAAAUGUGCUCCCUCCCUUGUGUGCCUCCAGACUGAAAUCCAUCAGACAGAAGACAAAAAAUGCUGUGGUGAGCAUUCUGGAUACAGGAGAGGUGUGUAUGGAGCUGCUCAAGGGCCAGGGCCCACAGGAGAGGGGCAAAGAGGUCCUCAGGAUAUCCUGUGAUGGUUUGAUGGUCACUAUUUACCAGCCCAAUGAGGGGAAGGGGUUUCCUGUGCUAGACUGUCCCCCUGCUCCUCCUGAGGAUAUCCUGAUCUGCAGCUAUGAGGACCUACCGGAGAAGUACUGGAAGAAAUACCAGUAUGCCUCCAAGUUUGUGCAGCUGGUGAAAUCCAAGACUCCCAAAGUCACCCUCUAUACCAAGUAUGCAAAGUGUAUGCUGAUGGAGAACUCCCCCAAUGCAGACCUGGAGGUGUGCUUCUACGAUGGAGCAAAGACCCACAAGACGUCGGAGCUGGUCCGUGUGGUGGAGAAGAGUGGGAAGUCGUAUACGGUGAAGGGAGAGGUGGGUCUGAGUGGCCUCAGCCCAGAGAGCAGGCUGUACGUGGAGCUGUCUGACGAGGGCCACAGCAUCUGUCUGUCUCUAGAGGCGGCAAUCACUGCAGAGGAGCAGCACUGUGCCAUGAGCACUCACUUCUUCCCCAUCACCAUCGGCAGGAGACCUGCCAACCCAGCCUCCCCCUGCCCGUCGUUCCAGCCUGCCCCUACGGAUGUGGCAUCACCGCCCAAGCCCCCACACAUUACUCCUUCUAUGAUCUCCUAUGAUGGGUCUGACUUCACCUCGACUAGCGUGAACAAAAACUGCUCUCCGCUAUCGGUCAAACAGGACCACACAACCAACACAGGGAAAGUGCUCAAGUCUGUCUUUGUGCCAAACAUUGGUUGGGCAUCACAGCUGACCAGUGGAGAGGUGUGGGUGCAGUUCAACGAUGGCUCCCAGCUGGUGGUGCAGGCAGGGGUCUCUUGUAUUACCUACACGUCCCCAGAGGGACAGACCACCAGGUACAAAGAGAAUGAGAAGUUGCCAGAGCUUGUGAAGGAGAAGCUGCACUGUCUCUCCACCAUCCUGGGCCUGUUGGCCAGUCCAGCAGCAUGCCGCUAAUCAAACAACCUCCGCAGCAUUGCAACGUCCCAGUACAAUGCUGUUGCAGGGAGGAGACACUUUUAUAGGCUUUAUACAGUGACAUACAUACAUACCUCAAGUGUGCUUGUAAAUAUUGUUUUUUAUGUACAGAUGACAAAUUAUGAAAAUAUAUAUAUUUUAUAGUGCCCAUGUUGUACAGUACCAUCUUGUGUUGAAAUGGUGUGCAUGUAAACUUGAGUCUUUUGUAAUUUUCUACACUGUCAGUUGUCAAACCAUAAUCUCCAUGAAAUGUCAGAUGCAUAAAAGCUGAAGCAAUAAACAUCUGCAGGCUGGGUAGAGUUCAGUCACACUUUGGUGUUCAGGGGGCUUUUGUUCUUUCUCACUUUUGCAACAGCAUGAAUGGGUAAAAGUAAAUGUUUUGUUUGCAUUCCUUACUGGUGUAUGGUAUAAAAAUAAAACUAACACACUAACUGUAAGUCGCUCUGAAUAAGAGCGUCUGCUAAAUGACUAAAAUGUAAAUGGUAUCGAUAUGCAGUACAUGAACAUGAGGUCUAUCAAGUGUGAGAAACCCAAUACACAACAUUGGGGGAAUUAAUUUAAGAACUUCACAAAUGUUCAUGAAUUUACAUUCUCAUUAUCUGGGCUAAAGCACUAGAACAGUAAUGGCAAUUUCUCACGAAGGAUAUUGGUGACAUUUACCACAUUUUACCAUUUUAAAUAUAUAUCUAUUUUUUUAAAGGGGGUUUAUUUUUUUGCCCAGUUGGUUUAGCAUUUAAUAACAAAGAUCAAAUUGUGGAUUAGAAUUAGUUUCUUUAAAGGACUGAUACCAAACAUAUACAAUAACAUUUCCAAGUGAACAUUCAGGUGGAAGCUGAAAGCACAAUGACAUUGUCAGGGUGGAGAAAUGAUAAAGGUAAUAUUUAUUUCCCAUUUAGAAGCACAAUGAAGAACACAAUGCAAGACACUGUAUAGUUGUGUACAGAGAUGUCAGUGUUUUCACAACAUACUGGGCAUGGCUUGGUUAAGACAUCCUCUCCUUGGUCACGGUUCACCCACACAGGAUUGAGGAUCUGUGUUUUUCGCUAGGAAACGCUAGUCCUGGAGGGCUGCAGGUGGAAUGCCUACACCGUUUAGAUUGUCAGUCAUUGUCACUAGGCCAUUGGGGCUAAGUACCCUCUGUGUCGAUUCAGUUUGCAAGCCUACUUACUCUACGUAUAUGCGGAAUCUGAUGCUUGCUCCUCCAGGACUAAGAGCCUGUGCUCAAGUAAAUGCCCUAUUCUUUUUACAUUGAGUUGUCAGCCCUGCACUUCAACUGGAUGCGUACUAAGGCCGAAGACAGUGGCAUCUAAGCUGCUCUGGCUCCUUGAAGUUCUGAAGAUAGUUUCAUUUGCCAACCAACCAUUUCACUACUCGUCUGACAAAAAUCCAUUGUUUGUUCGACUCACCCGCGCUUCUCCAUCUUAUAAAAAAAUAAUUCCCCCCCCCCAUAAAAUCUCAAAAUAAAUUGCUCUUAGGAAAUCAGGACAAAGAUGUUAUCAUUUACAUUUUAGUCAAAUAGAAGUGAAAAAAAUAUUUUUUAUCCCUCUAUUAUUUUAACCUCAUUUUGCGGCACCUCUAAAAGGACACAGCAGCUGGACAAUAGGAUGCUUACAGGGAGUUUGGCGUCUGUCGAUACCAGCUAUGCAAGAGCGCACCAGGUGGACUACAGGGUGUUUCACGGUUUAAUAGGUGCCAGCAGUCUGCUUGCAAUUAUGUAAUGUCAAUAAGACUGAAAGUAAAAACGAAAUAAAGAAUCCUUAGCAUUGUAAUCAAGACAUAACAAUUAAUUUAAUGUUCACAAAAAUAAUUUGCCGAUUUAGUGGGAUGGAUAUAUAUAUAUAUAUAUAUAUAUAAUCAUUACAUUUGAAAUGAGUGGAGUAACAGUUUUCUGAACACAAUACCAAUUGAACACCGUUUUUAAAGAGGCCCAGAGGUUCCAUUUAGUUUUGAAUGAGUCGUAAUGGAGGGAGAGAGUUUCCUAUGCCCAGUCAUUUAAAGUCUAUAAAA